AUGAUCGGGAUGGUCAGAAACCUCGGCUGGCGAAUUAUUUGCCUUCCAUGUUUGUUUGCUUGCAGCGAUCUGUACCUACUGUUAUUCCGAACCGCUGUCUCCUUUCCGAGACAUGCUCUGUUAGAAAAUUCCCUCCCCUGGCCCGCUGCCCAUGUAACGGCAAAAGGCGAAGGGCUGGGCACAAACCUCUUCUCGAGGGAUCCAGAUCCCAACACCGAGAUGCUCCGAGCAUCUCCGCAGCUGGCUGCGGCUGGCUGCAGGCCCGCUUCUCCUCCGGUGCCCCUCCUAUGCUUCCGUCCCCGUAGUUCGCCCCAUCUAGAACGUUCACCGGUCAAAACGGCUGCCCGCAGGCUCCGUCGCCGGCCACGGUGCACUCCGGUGAUGGUCGGACGAAGCUAG